AUGGGUAAUAAGCAACCUAAGAAAACAAUAUCAAAUGAACUUACUGAAGAUCAGGUAGGUGUGCUCAAAUCAAAUACCAAAUUUACUGACAACGAAAUUCGAGAAUGGCAUGAGAGUUUCAUGCGGGAUUGUCCAACUGGUCGAAUCGAUAAGAAAAGGUUUGUUGAAUUCUAUAAACAAUUUUAUCCAAAUGGAAAAGUAGAUAAUUAUUGCAAACAUGCAUUUCGUCCAUUUGAUACUGAUAAUAAUGGUACGAUUGAUUUUCAAGAAUUUCUCUUAGCCAUUGCAACUAAAACUCAAGGUGAUCUAGAUCAUCGUCUUAUCUUUGCUUUUAAUAUGUAUGAUAUGUCUAAGGAUGGACUCAUCAAUCAAAAAGGACUAAUUACAUUAAUCUCAGCUAUAUAUGAUCUUGUUGGUGAAACUGAUCGUAAAGGUGAUCGUGAUCCAAAAAAAAUUGCUGCAGACAUUAUAGCAAAACUUGAUUCUAAUGGUGACAACAAAUUAAGUAAGGUAGAAUUCAUUGCUGGAUGUAAAAACAAUCCGAAUAUUCGUGCAUUACUUGCUCCUAAUAUUUAA